AUGGAGAACUACCGCCAUCCAGGCCUCCAUUCCGGUGACGGUUCCGGCUAUUCGCCUGGUUAUUAUGGCGAUGGCUCUACAGACUAUACCGUCACAUCGUGGCUCGAGCAGCCGAGCUAUCCGGCCAUCUUUCAGCCUAGAGAAGAGAUCCCUCGCUUCUAUGUGUCUUAUCGCUGGUGGGAGGAUGAGGCGACAACUACUCUCUGGGCGUUCGACGUGGAGGAAAUCAAACGAGUAAUAUGCUACGGGCUAUUUCAGGACGAGUCUCUUCCACGAACAUCCCUACAGAGCCGCAAUGCGGAGGUGAUUGAUACGCUCCUCCUCAGUCUAGUUGAGCCACAUGAGGCACCUUUUGUCGCAGGCUUCUCGCAUCUGCAAAAAGUUGAGGAAAUCCUCAGACGGUCCCAGAUUGGUCAACCGCUUUUGGUUCCUUGGAGCUGGUUUCCGUCACACAGUCAUCGUGGCUUGGAUCCUCCAACUGUUGCAGCCAUGAUUGACGCUGAAAGCCAUCUCCAUUUCACCCACGUCCCGUUCCAAGAAUGGGUGCGUUACUCCCUGGGAUACCCGACAGCCACUGUCCAGUGGUUCUUUGAUCAACAUGCGGCCUUAUUCUUCCACCUGCUGAGCUAUCUCGACGCGCACCCGGAGGAGGUCGACAGAUAUAUAGAAAUCGAAAAGAAUCUGCGAACACGAAGCCCAUUCGCGCAUCGGGCUCUUGUCCGCUGUUUGUACGCCCUCCAUGCUAGGUUUGAUUACAAUGCUCCCUCCAGUCCCAACCCGGGCUUCGAAUUCAUCGCAGGCCCGAUUCAACGAAUAUUUCAAGAUCAUCCAACCAGUCUAGCAACCAUUCUCAAGGCUUUAUCGGUCCUUUCUAUCCGGUUCCGUCGCACUUACGUCCAUGCCACGGAAAUUGACUGGACGCUCCGAUUCGAUACUUCGAUACCUUUCGUGGACGAUCUUCUGGGUUCAAGUUCGCCGGUCGACCUUGCGCGGACCUUAACCAGCUCCAAUGAGCUCGAAUUUGCCCACCUGUCCGAACGUAGCAUUAUCGCAAACGAUUCGGCGGUUCAGCAACUCAUUGGAAAAUGGCAGGAUCUAUGCACUCAGGUAUGGGAAUGUUGCUCAACACUCCCAGAUACGAUCGAAACCAUCCAAGAAUGCUUACAUGUGAGCCCGAAACAACCGUCUCGACCGAGAAGUUCAGAAGAGAUUCGGAAGCUGAUACUUACUGUGUGGUCUUUUUUCUUGCAGGUCCUCCUCAUAAUGCGAAAUUAUCAUGCGUUGACCGCGAUCAUUAACGGACUUCAACGGUAUCGAGCCUCGACUCUCCGGAGCAUUACAUUUGGUACCGCGGCGGGAACGGUCGUGCUUGCCCCUCUAUUACCACCCAAUCUGGUGUACCUCAUGAACCCCUACGGUAACUUUGCUGCAUACCGGCAGUUGUUCCAGGGGGCCCCGGGGGUUCCGUUCCUCGUUCCCCACCUUCGAGAUUUCAAACAGCAUGGUGCGAUCGCGGUAACUCAUUUGAUGCAGGCGAUGCGCAAGGGUAUGCAUUACGGGCAGUGA